GACCUCAAAUUCAAAGCUAAAUAAGGCCUAAGGAGGCCAUAGAUCAUCGCUACGGGCAAGAAACGAUGGCUGGUGCUCAUGGCUUCCGAUGUUGCCUAACAAUCAUCUGUUAUGUGCUGUUGCUGUCUUCAGGAAAACUUAAUCCAGUCUCGGGUUUUUCCUGGAAAAACUUUUUGAAACACUUUUUUUACCUUGAAAAGGUGACUGUCAUCAUAACGAACAAUUUCCUCUCCCAUCAGGACCUCAUCCUACACUGCAAAUCUUGGCAUGAUGAUCUGGGUAGACACCGCCUUUACUACAAGGAAAGUUUCACGUUUAGGUUCGUCCCUGACAUCUUUCAGAAGACAAGGUUCUACUGUGAAGUGGAGCUGGAGGUUAGGCAUGGUGAACUCUUUUCUCAAACCUAUGACUUAUAUUAUGCACUGAGGGAUGUGCCACGCUGUGGCACCAAGUGUGAAUGGUUGCUCAAUGAAUUUGGCUUGAAUUCUUACAUUCCAGCUGAGAAAAGAUGGAAGACGAUGUACCACUGGUAUAGUACUGAGGAAGUAAUUUCCGGUUAGCAAACAGAAAUUUCUGUCGCCCAAAACAAUAUUCAACUUUGGUUCUUUCUAAAGAUGAUCAACACUAAUCAAUAAAACAACUCGUGAUGC